AUGGGUACCAGUUGUAGAAGGGAAGGAAAAUGGACAAAACCUGAUGCUCAAUGGGUAAAGGCUAACUGGGACGCCUCUAUUAGUGCUGCUAUGAAGAAGGUGGGUAUGGGGAUGGUUAUAUGGGAUGAGGAAGGGGAGAUUAUGGCCUAUUUGUGCACUGCAGUGGAUUGCUUGCAAGACCCUACAAUAGGGGAAGCUCUGGCACUUAGAAGAGCUAUGCUGCUUUGUGAAGAGCUAGGCUUCUUGAAGGUUAUUUUAGAAGGAGAUUCACAAGUGAUUGUCAAAGCAAUUAACAGGAAGGAGGACCUAUAUACAGAGAGUAUGGAAAUGUGGUGGAUGAGAUGUGGGUUGGAUGAUCACUAA